CGAAGCAUAUGUUCGUGCAACCCUACACAGAUGACCAACUGAGGAACAUUAAAACUCUCCCAAGAGCUAGAUGCACAACUAGGGAAUGAAAAUGGAGGAAGAAUCUUCAUCUGUUUCCAGUUGUUUGCUGGAGGGACUUCGUAAAAUGUACAAAUCUCAGCGGUUCACUGACGUCAUCAUCAACGUCGAGAACCAGUCUUUUCGGUGUCAUCGGGUCAUUCUGUCGUCUGUUUCUCCGUAUUUCGACGCCAUGUUUUCUUCUGGCAUGAAAGAAUCCAACUCCAUGGAAAUAAGUCUUCAUAAAACCAGCUCUAAAUUAUUUCAUGAUAUUCUUCAGUAUGUGUAUUUGGGGAAAGACAUCAUGAAGCCUGAUACGGUUGGAGAUCUUCUGCAGAUUUCCUCGAUGCUUCAAAUCACGUGUUUGCAGAUCAAAUGUGAAGAUUACAUUACGAGAAACAUAGACGUUCACAACUGCAUAGGAGUCUGGAAACUAGGGAAAUCACAUAAUAUUGAAAAACUAGUAGAUAAUAGCCAUCCAUUUAUUUUGAAUAAUUUCGAAGACGUUUGGGAAAGCAACGACUUUUUGAAACUUGAAAAGGACGAAGUGGAAAACCUUAUUCGUGACGAAAGGCUAAAUGUCUCUGGCGAAGAGGUCGUCUGCAAGGCCCUUUUUAACUGGAUAGCAGCAGACGAGGUUCGAAGGAAAAUAGCAUUUCCGGAGCUAUUUGAACAUAUUCGACUCACCUCAGUCAAUCUUGAAUUCUUACUGGAUCAAGUUGAUCAGCAUCAUAUGGUUCUUGAACACAGUGCUUGUCGAACAGCGGUGAAAAAUGCCAUCAAAUAUCAUGCAUUGCCGUCAAGGCGCCAAGAGCUGACUUGGGACGAGAAACCUUAUCGGAUCAACACAGAACAGGAACAGAUUCUGGCAAUUGUGGGGAAACGCCUUUCAGGCAAUGACUCGAUUGUCACAGAAUUUGUUGGAUACAGUUUUGCAAACAAAAAAUGGGUUGCACUUCAACCUAUCGUUGCCGACAUUGGAGAAGACUUUGCAGUUUGCUCUUAUGGUCAUGACAUCUUCAUUACCGGCGGAACAACGAAUAUGACGAGUUGUAUAAGAUAUUCUGCAAAACUGUCGCAGUGGCGGGAAAGAUCUUCUAUGCAAUAUGGUCGAUACAGACAUUCAAUGGUGGCAAUGUCGGACUCGUUGUUUGUCUUUGGUGGUUACAACUUUGGAACCUUAAACAGCGUCGAACAAUAUGACAUGGGAACUGAAGCAUGGAAACAAGUUGGGGAACUACAUUUUGGAGUAGACAGUAGCUCUGCAGCG